GCCAGGCUGGUCUUGAACUUCUGACCCCGUGAUCCACCCACCUCGGCUUCUCAAAGUGCUGAGAUUAUAGGCGUGAGCCACUGUUCCCAGCCUCCUUUUCCUUUAGAGGAAAUGAUUUCCCCUGCUGAGCUUUGUUUAGAUGUACAUCAUGUUGAGGUGUCUGGCUUUGCAUUGAAAGCCCUUCCUCUUCCAUCAGAAAACCAGUCACAUAAAAGGUGUUCCAGGUUAUAGGCGGAGAACUUUGCUGCCAGGGACUGGGGUUGGGGGUGUGGGGGGUGAUUGCUGCACCCUUUACCUAGGUCAGUGGUUGGGACCCCAUAGCGGAAACUCAGACCGCCUACCCAGGCCCCCAGCUGUGGUGCUGACCACAGUGACCGGGGUGACUCUAUGGAAACCCAGAGGAGCUCAGGGGCAUCAGGGGCAUGUGUGGCAGUGCUGGCGUUUUGUUAGCUGGUGGUCGUAAGACAGAAUGCCAGGGCCUCGCUCCUUGGGGGUGCUGGGGUGGAGCUUGGCUGCACUGCUGACCAGGUGCUGAUGCAGUAGCCCCUGCCUUGGGCCCCAGGUAGCGGGAAGCCGGCGUUGCGGGUGUCUUUGGGACCCCAGGCACACUCUUCCCCCUGGCAUGAUACCCUAAGGCUGCGUCUCUGGCUCUGGGGAGGGAGCCCUUUCUACUUGUGCUCUGGCAGCCCUGGAGACUGUGUGAGGGCGAACGAUUCACAAAACCCCUUUUUAGGGCAGUCAUCAUUUUUAGAUGAGUUGCUUUACAAACUUUUUUUGCACAUGCAAAACUCUCCUCUGAAUCUCCUCCCAAAAGCAAGCUGUCGAUUUUCUUGCCUCUGAUGUUUAAGGCGACUCUAGGUUAAUGCUACUUGGAUAUAUCUCAUGUGUGGUGGGGAGAAGUAGGCGCCAGCAGCAUCCCAUCCAUGCUGGGUUCCUGAGAGAAGGUUCGACACUUGGCUGGCCCGUCCCUUCUGCAUCGCCUCUUGGGGGUUGGCUACAGAGGCUCGUGGCUUGUCCAGGCUUCCUUGGCAGAGCAGAGUUGUGACCUGCCCAAGGAAGUCGGGGGUGAGCUUGUGAGUACAGCGUCGGGCUGCCCAGGACCCCUGCCUCCCCCAGGUCUCUAGUUCCUCAGAGGGGCCCAGUGCAGGUGUGCCCUAAAGCACUGGCGACAUGAGGGGAGCGAAGGUGUGCUCUAGCAGCCUUGGCGACCUUGACCUUGUAGAAGUUGUCAACUGCCCCUCCUGGGGUCACCACCAGCUCCUGUUCACCUCUGUGACAUCACAGACGUCCCGGGAAGCCUCUCCUUAGUGGAAGGAUCUCCACGCUGAACUCUGCCCCGGGUACCUGGCCGAGCCCUGCAUGUCACCGUGGAUCUGGCCAGACGGCCCUGUCCGCAGGACCUUCCUUUUCCGCCCAGCUCUGCUGCCACGGCGGGCAGGGGGCCUGGGGGCCUGGGAGCGGGUCCUUGCUGGGUGGGCGGCCGGGGUGUGUGGGAAUUCGCGAGGCUCUGUAAACAUCUGGUGACUCACCACAUAGCUAUGUUGUGGCCGGCCUGUGCACUGACGUGCUCACUGCAGAGCUGGAAGCGGUGCCCGCGGCCCCUCCCUCUGACAUGGAAAAGUUUCUCAUGGUGCUCCCAGCCGCUGGCAUCUGCAGGUCCCCACGGUGGCCGAGGCAGCCGAGCCCCGGCUUCUCCACUGUCACACUUGCCCCAGGGCGGGUGCAGAGGAGCCUGGAGCCCACCUGGCCUUCUCCAGGACCAGCUGGUGUCGUCCUGUGCCGUCUACGUCAGCGCCCUGAGAGCAGCUGGCCUUGGCAAGGGCGGCGGGCUCCGCAGCCUAGUGUGGGACCGUCUCGCUUACGCGGUCCUCUGGUUGUGGGGAUGGGUGCACUGCAGGGGUGGGACCCCAGUAGGAGGCGGGGCUGGAAGGUGAAGGGAUUUGGGCCCGAGGGCUCCCUGGCACAGGGUAGGGGGGUCCUGGGCUGGCAGGGAGGGCAGGAUGGGGUCACCCCCCCCACAGUGCCCAUGUCCAGUGGAGGUGUUGCCCAAGGACACCGCCCACCACCAUGUGCCACUCUGAUGUUCCUUCUGCAGGAACUUGUGUCUGGUAUUUGGGGUGUGGGAGUGGGUGCUGUGAACCCCUGUCCUACAAGCAGCCCCGCGCCCUCCGCCCGCCUGUCCCGGCUGCGGGAUACGAAUGAGUUUGUUUACUGCCUGCCAGCCUCGUGAUGUCUGUGCAGCCUGACCUGAAGUCAGGAUCAUUUUUUGGGCUUCUCGGUUUCCAUGACGACUGUGAGGGCUGGCUCGGUCCCAAGGUCGCCAUGGCAACUAUCGGAGGGAUCAUGCCGGGGAUGCUUUGGCUGGGUUUUUCAUGAAUGAUUAGAAUGUGUGACACAAUGCAGACGUGAGGACGGUGGCGGGGGCGGCGGCGGGGACGGCUCCCGCCAGACAGUCUAACGCUCGGCAAGGCGGCGGCUCCCCACCUUCCAAGUCUCUGGCUGCAGCGCCCGACCUGGUGCCCCUCAGGGGCCCCACACCCCCUCGGGCCGCAGGAUCCUCGCUCAGGGGCAGCUUAGGUGGAGGUGGUGAUGUCACAGCCACAGCGGCUGGGGCCGUGCUACGAGUUCCAGAGAGCUCUGUCCUGGUGACUGUGCCCAGGUUAUGACGACUAAUCCCAAACCGAACAAGGCAUUAAAGGUCAAGAAGGAGGCGGGCGAGAACGCCCCGGUGCUCAGCGAUGAUGAGCUGGUGUCCAUGUCAGUGCGGGAGCUGAACCAGCACCUUCGGGGCCUCACCAAGGAAGAGGUGACCCGCCUGAAGCAGCGGCGGCGCACACUCAAGAACCGUGGCUACGCGGCCAGCUGCCGCAUCAAGCGGGUAACGCAGAAGGAGGAGCUGGAGCGGCAGCGCGUGGAGCUGCAGCAGGAGGUGGAGAAGCUGGCGCGUGAGAACAGCAGCAUGCGGCUGGAGCUGGACGCGCUGCGCUCCAAGUACGAGGCGCUGCAGACCUUCGCACGCACCGUAGCCCGUGGGCCCGUGGCACCCUCCAAGGUGGCCACGACCAGCGUCAUCACCAUCGUCAAGUCCGCCGAGCUCUCCUCCACCUCUGUACCCUUCUCGGCCGCCUCAUAGUGCCUGCCAGAGGCAGGUGGCGGCGGGCAGGCGAGCAGGGUCGCACCCCUUAAGCCUGUCACUGGGACGCACUUUCAACAUCCAAGUCCAAACGCAGGCCCCUCAGGUGCAGGCAGCUCAAGCCGGGAUGAAACUAUGGUGCAGGGCGAGGAGUGGGCUCCAGUGAGCUCACCAGUCCACAUGCACACACACGCACCCACUCACGCCUGCCCCCGGCUCCCUGCAGGAUGUGUCUGUGUGUGGGAAUUGGUGUCUUGUGCCCGUGGGAGUCAGGUUGGAUCGACGGAAAGGCCUUCAGGAAGUUCCGCUGUCCCCUGCAGGGGCUGCCAGGAGAGACAGCCCUGGAAGUCAGGCCCCUGUGGCUGGGUUGGUGUGCAGCUCGUCUUCCACUCCUGCCGUGAACAGCUAUCAACACCUGUCCUGCCACGGCCCUCCAGCUGGUGCGGGGGCCCUUCGCUGCCCUAACUCCACAGCCCCUGCGGAGGAGCGUGGAUGGUGUCCGUCCUUCCAGCUGUCCUGUUGGAGUGGCUGUGACCUGCUUCCACCUUAGCGGGGGCCUGCGGGAGUGGGCACGGUGUGGGAGGCCGCCUGCGUGGGGUGGUGUGUCUGUGUGUACACGUGGGUGUGUGCAGGCACAUCUGGCAUCACGGCACUGGGGCUGAUGGGGGCAGCUUGCUGGCAUUCACCAAGGGAGGGCCUGUGGGCACGCAUUGCAGAGAAUGGCUCAUAUGUUAUGAGGUCUCCUCUGUGCUCUGGUGAUCGGAGGAGAUUGCAUAGCGCAGAAGCCCCCUGCCCACGGGAGCCGGCCGCCCAGACACGGACCUCGCAGGCUGUCAGAUCUUGGUGGAGACAGGCAGAAGCAUCCCAUCAGGUGACAGUGAGCGGAACUCAGGCUCUGUGUCCUGGAGCUGCUUCUCGCCAGCUGUGGUCAGUGUAGGGGGAAUGAGGAGGUCUUUUGGGGGCCUGGGGAGGGGGUGCAGCCUGGGGGAUGUUGGUGGACGUGGACGUGGAGGUGGGAGGGAGGAAGUCUCGUGGGGUGGCGGAGGAGGUGGGAGCUGUGUGCGAGAGCAGGUGGAGAGCCUUCAGGGGCAGGACUAGGACACGGCUCAGUUGUAGAGGAGCUUGGGAGUGAGGCUGGCACUCUGGAGGGCACGGUGGGCUGGGCGGUGGCAGGCACCAGGCCAGGAGAGCCUGAUGGAUGUGGUUCCCGCGUGCAGACCCCCAGGAGCACAGCCACGGGCUGCAGGCCCUCAGCACUCAGUCCUCAUCUGGAGCCUUCGCCUGCUUCUCCUUCCCAGAGCACUGAGGCACCAGCGGGGUUGGCACUCCACUUUGGGCUUCCUUUCCUGGAGAGCCGCUUGAGGGUCCCUCCUGUGACUGGGGCCUCCACGGUGGGAGCCGGGGGAUCGCAGAGCCCCUGCCUGGGGGAGCUGGCGGAUGUGAGCCCCAUUUGGGGCUGCCACGUAGGACAUGCAAGGCGGUGCCUGGGGCCCCAGCUCCCUCUCAGUGGUCACUGCCCACCCGGUAACACCCCCCACCAGCUGCAGAGCCCCAGCCAGUGCCAGCCACACUGGGAGGUCGCAGGACAGGCAGCCCCAGGGCUGCGACUUGGUUCUGCAUCUACUGUUAGAAGUGAGCGGGAAUCUGCAGGCCCACCAGGGCCACUGGGUCCCAAGAGAGCAAAGGGCUGCACGUUCCCAAACAGCCGUUGCCCCCCGUGGCCGUGGUAGGUAAUCCAUAUUGGAUGUCAUAAGGACCAGGGGGAUAUUUAAAGAGAGAAACAGAAAAUAUAUAGAGAUAUAAAAUUAUAUUCACAGUUUAUCUACAGAUUUUUCGUAACAAUCUUUGUUUUCCAGUUUGAUACUGUAAAUCUAUCAGCAGAGCUGCGGGCGCGGGCAUGGUGGGAGUUGGGAGCCCCAGGCCGCCUGCCGUCCCCCUCCGUCUUCCCACGGACCACACCAGGCCACUGGGCCCCACAGGACAGGCCACAGCGGGUGGCCGGUUCUGUCCCGUCUUGAGGUUCUUGGGAUCCAUGUCUUGUGGGCCGUAGGCGUCUACCUGCCUGUGGUGCUUUGCCAGAGAGGGGACUCCCCCCCCCCGGCCCCCAGGGUGGACGGAGCCCGUCACCGUCCAGGGCCGGGCCAGGGAAGGAUGGCGUGUUCUGCUUUUCCUUCCAGAUUGUUGAAAUUUCAUUGUCAUGAUUUAAUAUAUGGAUUUUUUUAAUUUAAAAGACGAAGGUCUCUUUGUCGAGUGGGUUUGUUUUCUGUCUCCAUGCCUCCGGCUUCCCAAAGAGAUCCAGGUCUUCGAGUUUCCCAGGCGUGGGGACUCCUGCCCUCGCCUCCACACCGCCUCACCCUGGCCUCUGUGCUACUGGGCAGUUCCAUUUCAAUAUUUAUUUUUGUGUUGCUUUUUAUCAUGAUAUAAAUUAUUGAGAACAGAUCACAUGUGGGCCCGUGUCUGGCCGCCGCCGCCCUGCUCUGUCCCUGCGGCCACCACCUAAUUUAUUGCCGUGCGUCCUGCUGCUGUGACCGCUUUUGUACCUUUGCAAUAAAGAAUUUUCUGGUUUCAGA